AUGGGGCGUUCACAGGCAGCAGCGUGGGCUAAGGGAACGGCUGCUGCCGCGCUAAUAUGCCCUCACUUCCCCCCCAGUGUCGCAGCUUCUAUAAGACAUUGCAGCACUAGCAGUGGCAGCAACACAGGCGCAGCCGCCAGCUCGUUUGCUGCCUUGCUGCUCAACAAGCACGACGUGGCAGAGGCGCCUCCAGGCCGCCUCAGCGCUGCCGCAAAGGCUGCAGCCUCUCACCCUCGAAUUGACUGCGAAAUUUCAGGAACAGAAUUCUUAGCACUUGCACGAAAAUGUAUGCUGGUGUGCACUGGUACCGUGUACUUAUUCCAAGAUCUAUGGAGUGCCAUCUGUAAGCGCGCGGCCUCUAUGGAGAAGGCCUUAAGGCUAAGGGAUGCAGUCUUGCUGCUUUCUGCAGCUGCUCGUGUGCAGCAGCUGCUCCGACAUGACGAGCACCAGCAGUUUUCUCCCCAACACAAGCAACUCCUCCUGCAACACAGUCGAAUGGUUCAGGUAGCAGUAACAGCUCUGGCACGGGGCUUAUUACGACAGCAGCAACACCAGCAGCUUGCUGCGAAGAAGCACGAACUCCAGCAGGAUCAAGAACAAGACCACGAGCGACAUGCCCUGACCGCACCCUUGCUGACAGCUGCCUUGCACGCCUUUGCAAUUCUGAAGCUGCAGCAUCCUGAGGCCCUGCAGCAAAUUGCGUCUGCUGCAAUGUCUCUGCAAGUGCGAAAAUUUAGUGGGUACGACGUAACUGCAUUCUGCUCAGCGCUCCUACUGGCGGCUCGGCAGCAACAGGAUCCCGGGUGGAGUCUGGACCAGCUACGCGCUGUCUCUUUGUGGCUUGAAGAAACUCUGUUGCAGCAGUUACAGAGGCAAAACGUAGCCUUUCAGCAGAAAAACGCUAGAUUGAUGUUGCAGCUUGAAACGGAGCUACAACACCACCAAAAGCAGCAGCAACAACAACAGCAUCCAGAAUCGCAGCAGUCAAUAACUUUGGCAGCACAACAGAUUACCCAUGGCCUGCAGCUGCUGCUGCAAGAGAGUUCUCAAGAGCUUGCGGCUGCGUGGGAGCGGCUGCCCAACAGACAGCAGAUCAACCUGAGUGCACUGCUGCACUUCUUCCUGGUACUGCGGAACAAACACAGGCCUUCACCGCUGCUGCCAUUGAUGCUGCAGGCGGCUUUGCUGCAAAUGAAAGAGGCACGGCUGCGGCUCAGUCUGCUAGGUCUCAAAAAAAGUACUGGAAAGCCCCUCUACUUGGAUAUGCAGCCACUUGAACACGAACAAUCACCUGCAACAGACACUGCUGCUGCAGCAGCAGAAACAAACAGAGUGCAACCGUUUGCGUUCUCGCUCAGCCUCUCUUCUUGCCGUGACCUUGCAGGCCUUGCAGCGAGUCUACAGCUUCUAGAUCAGCAGGAACUUGAAGCUGCAGAAACGCAAUUGCAACUAGUAGAGGAGCAGGAGCAGCAGGUGGCACUGGCUUCAUCGCAAGCUAUCUCGCUUCUGCUGCACCGCAUUUCUUGGAAUGGGGUCCUAACUUCCUUUUAUGCCUCCAUCGGAAAUACUGAGGAUCCAGCAACCGUGGCACAUGCGGCAACGCUAAAAGCAACACGAGCAGUGGCAGGAGGAGCAGCAGGGACAGAAGCAAAAGCCGACGCGAAUGUGGCUGCAGCAGCAACCACUGCUGCAGCAGCAUUGAUGGCAGCGCCGCCAAUCGCGCAGCUGUUGUUGCUUGCUGCGGACCAUUCAGCUCUUCUGUUUGCUUCCGGGAACAAUAGCAGCGAUCGUUGUAACGGCGGUAGCACAAAUAACAAAGGCCACAGGCAUCAUGAAUUCGUGUCUGCAGCUCAGAUUGCGAACAGCAGCAGCAAGGUGUACCAAAGAACAGCUGCAGCAAGGUGCUCCUCAGUUGCAGUGCGACCAGCGGCAAUCCCAGGCAAGGUGCAUCUGCCUUUAGCUGCUGUACUGCAGCUGAAUCUGCAGCAUCACUGGAGUCAGCUGUCACCAGAACAGCUCGCCAUGUGCUGGCGUUUCUUCGCGCAGACAGCAGCUGCAGCGUCAACAGCAGCAGGGGAAGCAGAUGCAGCUGCAUCUCCACUUGAGAACUCGCAAAGCCGGUCGAGUGAGUACAGCUCAGCGAAAUCAUUUUUUGAAUGGCAACGAGCCGCAGGGCUUCUGCUGGCCACCCUUGCUGUGGGGCCCCUGAGAGACGGAGUAGCCUCUAAAAUGCCAAGUGUCCACUUGUCCCACGUUGCGGUUUAUCUGGAGGCAAUCGCUACACUCUACAAUGUGACCAAUAACCAAAGAGGCGCUCCCAUAGGGCUCGCAUCUGUGGCUCAUGAUGACUCGCUUAGCGAGUUCUCAGGGGCCCCUCUGCUGCACACUCACCUGGUGAAACAGCUGCAAGAGACUUCUGAAGGCCUCGCCAGGCGGUUGAUGGAGUUGCUGCUGCAACAGAAACACCAUCAGCUGCACCCCCAACAGCAGCAAGAAAAGAAAGACUUCGUGAAAGCCGUGGUCGUGGGCGAGCUCCUUGAAGGGCCCGUAACAGGGCCCCGUUCGCUAGGACAUAUCAUUACAGCCGUUGCUGCGCUUGAGCGAAUGGCCCCUCCUUCAGCUGCUGCGACUGUUGCUGCUGCUGCGCGAUCCUUGUUGCAGCAGAAAGGGCAGAACAACGUGCCUGGUGCUGCAUUAUCGCUAAAGCAUUGCGGUGUCUUGUUGCAUGCCCUUGCCAAGUUUCAACUGAGAGAUACGGAGAUCCUGGCGAGGCUCUGCCGCUGCAUGGCCGACCCGCUUGAGCAACUACGGCAGCAGUUGCAGCAACAGCAGCAUCCGCAGGAUCAGCAACGUCUGCUGCUGCUUUCAGGGCAGCAGGUUGCACAGGUACUUUUGAGCUUAUCACAGCUGUCGUUUACUCCUGCUCACCUUCUGCAAUCACGAGGGGUACAUACACCCGAACAGGAAGAUGCUACCGUCGCUUUUUACCAAUCAAUGUUUCAGCUGUUGCAGCGCCCGCUGCAGUACGAGUCGCUUCAGCGCGACAUGGAACUGCACAGUGCAGUGAACUGUUUGCAUGCAUUGGCGUUAAGCGACUUUUCACUGACUUCGUCAGUGGUAUCAUGUGGAAUACAGUCUGCGAAGCCAUGGGGGCAGGCUGGAGAAGAAGGUAGCCCUGUAUCUGCGGUUUCUACCUUUUUCGAUCUGCUCCUCACAGUCGUCAGAAAACAUUUGUUGCCGAUGGUACAGCAACGGCAAGGGCAGCAGCAGCAUCGGCAGCCGCGUGAAGCAGAGUCAGGCUACUGCACCGCCUUGAAGACAACGUUAGCGCAACUACCGGCAGUGCACCAACAGCUGACAGCAGCAGCGGCGGCAGCAGCAGCGCCCCGACAUACGUCUUUGUGCGCUUCGUUGCACCCUGAAAAUCAAGUGUUUCUGCAGAAACUUCAGCAGCACGUGUGUUGUAUUAGUCCCAGCGAAAGCAGCGGCAGUGCGCAAGAACCGCACAGCUGGCUGUUGGUCCAGGGAGACUCCGAGUCCGCGGCAGGGGCCCCUCCCCACCUGGCUCAGUCGCAGGCGCGUCUCACCGUUGAGGUUAGUGCAUCAAUGCAGCAGGAGCAGCACGAACGGUGGCAAGAAGCUGUUCUCAUUGCUGAUGCUAAACUCCUCGCACUCUUCUCUGAAGCAGCUGUACGAGCAGCGUUCGCGGUUGCUUCCUGCUUUCUGUGGCCUACGCAGGCAAGGUGCUCUUUUGGGGGCUAUUACCUCGAUAUUCUUGCAGAACUCCCGGGUGGUGUUGUGCAGCAGCGGCAUGUGGCAGUCGAGGCAGACGGAGGCUCUCAUUUCCUUUUCGACUGCAGCAUGCCACAGCCGCGUGCGCUUAGGGUGCAGCAACAUGGUGAAGGCCACCAGCCAGAGGGCCUCUGGGCUACAGACCGGUGUGGAUGCAUUUAUAGCAGCAGCACUGUGCUGAAGCACCGCCUGCUAAGAGAACGGGGACUGUUCGUGGUUUCCGUAUCUGCUGCAGAGUGGAAAGCUGCGGUAAGGCAGUCGAGGAUUUGUUGCUGGCGCAAAAGUUGCACGGAUUCAUUCCAGUCCCAUGCACUCGAGGCGUCAGCAGACCAGGCUAGCGUCUGCCUCGGUUCUUCGAGGCCAGCACCUCAGACUGUUAGGCAGUGCCAUGAGAAAAGCGGUACAGGGCAACUAAACAGACUCUGCUUUUGCACUUCUGUGGCAUUUUGA